GGGAGCGCGCGCGCGCGCGCGCGGCCGGGCGUCAGUCGGUCCGCCCUUGGGCCGCACGACCCUCAGCCCCGCCCUGCGUGCCGGGGCCGGACGCGGGGGCUCUGCGGUCUGAGCCGCUGGGCGCUCGGUCGCCCCGCCCCGUCCCUGCCAACGCCCGCUCUGUGGGUCGGUCAGUCAGUCCCGGAGCGCGCGCCGCGGGAGCUGAGGGAGAGGAGCCGCGCGCCUGGAGAGGCGGCGGCGCGGCGGGAGGACGCGAGCAGCUACUGCCUCGCGCGGGGCUCCCGGAGGGCCGAGGGGCUGCCACGAUGGAGCAAUUAUCAGAUGAAGAAAUUGACCAUGGUGCUGAAGAAGACAGUGACAAGGAAGAUCAGGACCUGGAUAAAAUGUUUGGAGCCUGGCUUGGGGAACUGGACAAACUUACUCAGAGUUUGGAUUCCGACAAGCCUAAAGAACCAGUGAAAAGAUCUCCUCUUCGCCAGGAAACAAACAUGGCCAACUUUUCUUACCGCUUCUCCAUAUACAACUUGAAUGAAGCUCUGAAUCAGGGAGAGACUGUGGAUCUGGAUGCCCUGAUGGCUGAUCUCUGCUCCAUAGAACAGGAGCUCAGCAGUAUUGGCUCAGGAAAUAGUAAGCGUCAAGUCACAGAACCAAAAGUCACUCAGAAGCUACCUAGCCGGCAUACGUCGAAACAUGGCUCUCUGAGAGGAGUAGGAGUAUCAUCUUCUUCUAAUAGAACAACUACUAAACCUUCCCAUGCUAACUACUCCCUGGAUGACAUCACUGCACAAUUAGAACAGGCUUCCUUGAGCAUGGAUGAGGCCGCUCAGCAAUCUGUAGUAGAAGAUUCUAAACCUUCAAUGACGAAUCAGCACAGAAGGACUGCAUCAGCUGGCACUGUGAAUGAUGUUGAAGUGCACUCUGUUAGUAACUCCUCCCGUUCGAGCAUCACUUCUGCAGCUUCUAGCAUGGAUUCUUUGGAUAUUGACAAAGUGGUGCGCCCUCAAGAACUGGAUUUGACAACACAUCAGGGACAGCCAGUUACUGAGCACUCCUAUCUGGACAGGGAAACCUCCCUUCUUCUGAGAAACAUUGCAGGAAAACCUUCUCAUUUGCUGACCAAGGAGGAACAAGCGGCAAAACUGAAAGCUGAGAAGAUUAGAGUUGCCCUGGAAAAAAUUAAAGAGGCUCAAGUGAAAAAGCUGGUGAUCAGGGUCCACAUGUCUGAUGACAGUUCUAAAACCAUGAUGGUGGAUGAGAGACAAACCGUGAGACAAGUGCUGGAUAACCUGAUGGACAAAUCUCACUGUGGCUACAGUUUAGACUGGUCGCUGGUAGAGACCAUUUCUGAGUUACAAAUGGAGAGAAUAUUUGAAGACCAUGAAAACUUAGUUGAAAAUCUUCUUAAUUGGACAAGAGAUAGCCAAAACAAGCUUAUAUUUAUGGAACGUAUAGAAAAAUAUGCACUUUUUAAAAACCCACAGAAUUACCUUCUUGGGAAAAAGGAAACAGUUGAGAUGGCAGACAGAAACAAAGAAGUGCUGUUAGAGGAAUGUUUUUGUGGAAGUUCUGUAACUGUCCCAGAAAUUGAAGGAGUCCUUUGGUUAAAAGACGAUGGCAAGAAGUCCUGGAAGAAGCGUUACUUUCUCUUGCGAGCAUCUGGCAUCUACUAUGUCCCUAAAGGAAAAGCAAAGGUAUCUCGGGAACUGGUGUGCUUUCUUCAGCUGGAUCAUGUUAAUGUGUACUAUGGGCAGGACUAUCGGAGCAAGUACAAAGCACCCACAGACUGUUGUCUGGCGUUAAAGCACCCACAGAUCCAGAAGAAGUCUCAGUAUAUCAAGUACCUCUGCUGUGAUGAUGUGAGGACUCUGCACCAGUGGGUCAAUGGGAUUCGAAUUGCAAAGUAUGGGAAGCAGCUCUACACAAAUUACCAAGAAGCCUUGAAGAGGACAGAGUCCGCUUAUGAUUGGACUUCUUUAUCCAGCUCCAGCAUUAAAUCUGGGUCCAGUUCUUCCAGCAUCCCAGAGUCUCAGUCAAAUCAUUCUAACCAGUCUGACAGUGGAGUCUCUGACACCCUACCCACAGGACACAUCCGUUCCCAAAGCACUGUGAGCUCCAUGUUCUCAGAAGCCUGGAAGCGUGGCACUCAGUUGGAAGAGUCCAGCAAGGCCAGAAUGGAAUCUAUGAAUCGAUCCUACACUUCACUUAUGCCCCCUCUGUCCCCUCAAACUAAGAUCAUCACCCCUUAUACUGCCUCACAACCUUCACCCCCUCUGCCUCCUCCUCCACCACCACCUCCUCCUCCUCCUCCUCCGCCUCCACCACCACCACCUCCUCCUCCUCCUCCUCUCCCUAGCCAGUCUGCACCUUCUGCAGGCUCAUCAGCCACCAUGUUUGUCAAGUACAGCACAAUCACCAGGCUGCAAAAUGCAGCUCAGCAUUCAGGGUCCCUGUUUAAGUCUCCGCCACCCCCAGCGAUGCAACCUCCGCCUUUGGCUUCACAGUCCCUCAAGGCUCAAAUUGUGGUGCCCCCCAAUGGAGUUAUUCCUCCACCCCCUCCUCCUCCACCACCCCCAACCCCUGGUUCAGCCAUGGCCCAGUUAAAGCCAGUGCCAUGUGCCCAGUCCCUGCCACAGUUCUCCCAACCCCCUCCACUGAAGAUUCAUCAAGUUCAUCAAGUGGCACCUCCCACACCCCCACCAGCUCCUCCCAUCCCUGCAGUUGUCCCUCCUCAAGCACCCCCUAAACCCCUAGUGACCAUUCCUCUUUCAGCCAGCACCAAAACUGUACCAUCAGUAGUGGCACAGGCUGUACCACUCACCCCUGCACCUCCAGUGCCCCCAGCAAAGAAACAGCCAGCUUUCCCCAUUUCUCACAUUCCACCCUCUCCCCCUGUUCAGACUGCUCCAUGUCCACCACCAACACUACCCAAGCAGCAGAGCUUUGGGGUGAAGCCACCCCCCUCUCCGUUGUCCCCCAUGCCCUCAGUUGUGAAGCAGAUAGCCAGCCAGUUUCCACCCUCUCCCACUCCUCCUCCUGUGGACUCACAACCCCUAAAACCCCUCCCAGCAAGUGUCGCCCCACAGUCUCCUCCUGCCGUGAAAGCAAAACCCAAGUGGCAGCCCAGCUCAAUCCCUGUCCCUUCCCCAGAUUUCCCUCCUCCCCCUCCAGAGAGCAGCCUGGUGUUUCCUCCUCCACUUCCUCCAAGCCCGGCCCCAGCCCCACCCCCACCCCCACCCCCAGUGCCACCCGUGGCUUCGCCAAUCCCUGACAAAGGUGGAUCUCCAGGCAAAAAGCCAAGUAAGAUGUCCAGCCCUGGGGGAAAGAAACCACCCCCAACCCCACAGCGCAACUCCAGCGUUAAGUCUGCCGAGCACCCUGAGCCCAAGCGACCCUCGGUAGACAGUCUAGUCAGCAAGUUUGCACCGCCAGCAGAAUCGGGAUCUCCCCACAAGGAGACCCCGCCUCCUCCUGCAGCGCCUCCCAAACCUGGGAAACUACACCUUUCUGGAGUCAAUCUCCCCGGAAUCCACCAGCAAGGGAGUGUGUCAACGACGCCUUCUGUUCUGAGUGGGCGUGGAAAGGACUCCGUAGUGGAAUUUCCAUCUCCUCCAUCCGAUUCUGACUUUCCACCCCCUCCACCUGAAAUAGAGCUUCCUCUGCCCCCUAUUGAGAUUCCAGCCAUAUUCUCGGGAAGCACCUCCCCCAAAGUGGCAGUUGUUAAUCCUCAGCCACAGCUAUGGUCUAAAACAUCUGUGAAGAAGGCCCCGCCCACCCGGCCCAAACGGAAUGAUAGCACCCGCCUCACUCAAGCUGACAUCUCUGAGCAGCCAGCGAUGACCACAGUUGUGCCACAAGUGCCCACCUCUCCCAAAUCCAGCCUUAGUGUCCAGCCUGGAUUCCUAGCUGAUCUUAACAGGACACUGCAGCGCAAGUCUAUCACGCGGCAUGGCUCCCUCUCCUCUUCACGAAUGUCCAGAGCAGAACCCACAGCCACCAUGGACGACAUGGCACUACCCCCACCACCACCAGAGCUGCUGUCUGACCAGCAGAAGGCUGGCUUUGGAGGCAGUCACAUUUCAGGCUAUGCAACCUUGAGAAGAGGACCCCCUCCCGCUCCCCCUAAAAGAGACCAGAAUACUAAGCUCUCAAGAGACUGGUAGCCACAAGACUUAAUAUCUAUAAUCAGUUCUACAAUCAGUUUACCUGAUCAUCUUUGAAUCCAGGUGUUCAGAGCCUCCUGAUAUGUUGUUCAGGUAGUGUCCAGCUGUAUGUGUGUUGAUUGUGUGUAUAUACGUAUGUAUACAUCUGUGAAUGUGUAUAUAUGGAGAGAACUGAUUCUAUUUAUUUCUUUUGCCUCCUAAUCAGAAAAGAGGGUUUUGUAUAUUUUGAGUGGAAGGAGACAUAGGAGGAGCUAUGUUGUCACUUAGAAUUUGUUUAUCAUAUGGAUUGGACCAAAAUCUAGAAGGUAUUUCAUAACUGUCUGCCCAUGUGCCACUGUGCAUGUGUUAUAGAAGAAAUAGAUGGACAGUUUCUCAGUUUGAGGAUAUCACAAGAAUGUUUGCUAAAUCCGUAGGGCUUUUUUGUUUUUUUCCCAGUUGGCUGAAUUUAGAACUGCUUAACUGACACUUGAAUUCUACAUAUAAAGGGGCACUUUAAUUCAGGAAAGCCUUCCAUAGACAGAACGGGUAAAUGGCGCAGGAAUGCUGAAGACACUGUGGUUGUACAUAGGAAAGUCAUGGCGUUCUAGUUGCAAUAGUUCUGCCAUGACCCCAGCCACAUCUUGAGAUGUCUUCACAGGUAAGCUUUUUGCCUAAAACACAAGGAAUAUCUAAUGCUAGAAUCCUAACUACUUUCAGUAGUUGCAAAGCUUCAUCAGUUUGGUUUCAGGAGUCUUGCUUUUUUGUAGAAUGUCCAGUACACACUGUAAUGUACUGCCCCAAUUAUGUCUUUGAGUCACUUAUUUACCUUUGCAUAUAGUGUGUACAUUACAGACAUUUGAAUUUGUGGACAGUAGAAAUAUGAAAUAUACUCCCUGUGCCCAUUGUAGUACAUUAUUAAAAACAAAGUCAACUUCUGCAAUGCCUUCUUUACAAGUUGUUCUCCACGAGAGAUAAAGAGGACAAGACAGUAUCAUUCAUCAUGUUUUAAUGCAAAGAAUCCAUUUGGGAUAGGACUAUCAUGAUCAAAACGAGUUUUCACAAUUUCAUUCAUAGCUACUGAAGCUGCUAAGAUCUUUUCUGUUUAGCUUGAGUGUAGGGCUUUUACAGGUGGCCAGGUGUUCCGAUGGAGCAGCGUCGUAGUCCACUUAAAGCAAGCACAUACUGACAGCUCUACUAUGUUCACAGUGUUCUCUGCGCUUUUGGUACAUGAGAAAAGUGUGUACUUACCAACUUAGAGUGAUAGGUUGAUGGGAAAGAAAUGCAAUCCUAGUUAUUUUUAAGCAAGAGAAUGAAAACUGUCCAUCCCACUUCUUACAAAUGAGCACAUCUUGUAAAGAGUCUGUGCCUGCUGUAAAGAUAACCAGUGCCAGAUGCAGAAAUCUUUUGGUCCUGUCCCUCAAGCAGAAAGUAACGCUAAUGAAUCUGGAUAAAGAAGAUAGUCUUCACACUGUGUGUCAAGUUUCACUACCCUAAUUUCCAGUAAGGAACUGCGUCAUAAAGAUGUGUAAGCGGCACCUCCCACACAUCUCCAGCCACUCCUCAGACAGCCAUGCAAUUAGGGGAAAAAGACGAAAAGUCAUUGUACUUUUAAAAAACCCUGCUUAGAUUUUUUUUUUUUGAUCUUUGAAAUUGCUCACCAAGUAUUUAUGUGCUUACAAUUCUUAUGAUUAUGAAAUGAUCUUUAACAUAACUGCAGUUAGUUUCAACGUGUACCACAAAUGUAUUUAAUCUGAAUACAGAUGCCAAGCCACACUGAAGUACUUCCUCAUGCCCAUCAACCUGCAGUUCUCCAUUCAAUCUACAGAAAAUCAGGAGUGCAAUCAGUGAUCCCUGGGGUUUACCUCUAGGGUGUUUCUGUUUUCUUUUUAAAUUAAGCUAGCUAGGCAACUUAAGAUUUCCUUGAGUGCAAAAAUCUGUACCUCCAAUCUAGAUUGAACCCUAAAUCAACAACCUUCAUUCUGUCAGUGUGGACUCUCUGGGAACCCCCAUGUCCUUCCUUCAUUCUGUCAGUGUGGACUCUCUGGGAACCCCCAUGUCCUUCCUUCAUUCUGUCAGUGUGGACUCUAUGGGAACCCCAUGUCCUUCCUUCAUUCUGUCAGUGUGGACUCUAUGGGAACCCCAUGUCCUUCCUUCAUUCUGUCAGUGUGGACUCUAUGGGAACCCCAUGUCCUUCCUUCAUUCUGUCAGUGUGGACUCUAUGGGAACCCCCAUGUCCUUGGGAACCCCCAUGUCCUUCCUUCAUUCUGUCAGUGUGGACUCUAUGGGAACCCCAUGUCCUUCCUUCAUUCUGUCAGUGUGGACUCUCUGGGAACCCCAUGUCCUUCCUGAAGCGCUGUCCAUUCUAACUCAUCAUGUGACAGCAUGCAGUUUCUUUAUAGUUCUCCAGAGACAGGAAGAGCUGUUAAUUAAAAACAAAACAAUAAACCAAAGUGCCACAUUCCAAUUUUUUUUUCUCACUGCUUAGUGCUGACAUGUAGUUUUCUUUCUUUUUCUCUGGUGUGUCCAUGGACAAGACCUACUGCCAGCCAACACUAGUUCUGUGCCUUCUUCGACAGCUCGCACAGCCUUUUUGGGCAGUGCAGGGCCUGUGGAGGCUGCCUGGACACUAACAGUGAACAGAGUGAAGGACCUUUGCUCCUGAGGGCAGACAGAUAGGUGCUUUUCGGAAUUGGUUUGGUGACAUCCUCAAUUUUUAUUAUAUAGUAAUUUCAAGUCUCUUAGUACUUAAAGUUUGGGCACCAACUCUGAAGCAGCCAAACCUAUUCUCAAUAAAAUGAACUAACGGUGAUCCACAGGUGCCGGCAUGAGUACACUGUAUAUUAAGUCUCCCCAGCUUGGAAUUUAGUCCCAAAAGUAAAAAUAUGCUUUCUCUCAUCUUUUAGUCACCAUAAUUUUCAUUUGGAGGAAUAAAGGUCUGUUUCAGACAUCUACUUAACUAUAUAACACUUUUUUUCCCCCAAUGUCUAAACUUUUAACAUAAGAAAGAUGGCUGGAUCUUAAAGAUUAUCAAAAAGAUCUAUUUUCAUUAGACAAUGAAGAGAGAUAACAAUGGGUUUCUGUUUUUGCUUUUUCUUAAGUCGUCCAAAAUCAAGGUGCUCUGACCCACUGAUGGUAUAUCUUGCAAUGGGCUGAGAACUGUUUUGGGUCUCUUCCCUGUAUUGUACUUUGAUAAAUUAGAAUUGAGAGGUCACAGUAAUUCUAACAGGGUAACAACUCUAAGGUCUGGAUCAACAGAAUCCAGGGUUCAGGAGCUGGGCAGCAGUGUGACCGGUUCCUCAGACUUCCAGCAGAACAUGUUGUCACCCUUGCUACUCAAAUAAAGCAGUUUUAUGUUACAAACACGGGGCAGUGUUUAAGCAAAUAAACCCAUUCAAAGAAUUUUCCUUAUCACCAAAACUAGCAAUAUAACUGAUGAAAUUCCAGAUUUUACCCCAGUUUAGAACAAGUAAAACAAUGCCCUGUAUGGUUGUGUAAUGGCUUUCGAUAAGACUCGGAUAAUUGUUUUUGUUUAUACAUGAAGAUGGCUUUCUUUUAAAACAAAAAUGUCCUUUUCAAAUUACAAAAAUCUUUUGAACCAUUAAGUUUUUAACUUUUUAUUAUCUGUUAUAUGUGACCUCUCUCAAAGUUGACCCAAAGGGAAAUGCAAGGUGGGGGGGGACCCCACCAUCUUUCAAGAUGGUCCUUUGAAAACCUAGUGAAAACAUGUUACCCUUUAAUACUCUACCAUCAAAACUAAAGUGUGCAGUGCCCUUAGGGGUUGAUAUGUAAAAGACAACUAAAAUUUAAGUAAUAUAAUGUGUUGGAGGGCAGGGGGCUCUGGUUUGCUCUGACGUAAACCAUCCUAGACAGCUGUCUGCUAUAAUCCCCAGUGCCUUGAACUCUUUAGAGGAACGCAUGUAAAAACAACAAAAACAACCAAGUAAACUUUGAGGUGCUAAUAAGAGAGGGGACAGGUAAGUAUUUCUGAACUUUUGGCAGAAAUGGAGGGGGAUGACUGUCUUGUAUUACAGGAGAAGUUUUCAUCCACCUAAAUGGAGUCUGUUUUCUACCAAAGAUACUUAGAGAAGUGGCUCAAGUCAAGAGCUGGCCAAAUUUGGGAGCUUGUUGUUUAUAAGCUAUGAAUUUCAAGCAAGUGAUUGUUAAAGCAUCAACUUCUUAGGAAGACAAGGGAAACAGGGAAUACAUUUUUAGAAACUAUCCAUUCGUUAAAUUUGUUACAAUUUAAUACCAAAAAUGCUGGUUUUCAUAUUCCACCUCCUAGUUUUUCCUGUAUUUGUAAAUAGUCCCCCUAGAAAGUAAGCAUUAAUUGGAAUGUUUGAAAUGACUUUGCUUAGUUUUAUUAUCAGCCACUUAGUGAACUCUUUCUCCAGAGCAGAGAUAAAUAAGGUAAAAUAUGAUUAGCUUGUGCUAAGUGUUGUAAAAAUACUGUUUGCUGUCUUCACUGGGUUGUUGUCUCCUUUCCCUGGUUUUUUUUUGUUUGUUUGUUUGGUUUUUUCCCCCAAAAAUGGAGUCCAGGCUCACUCUGACUUCUAGCUGUGGGAAUUUUGUCAUAAUACAUACAAUAGUAUACUUUUUAAGGCAUGACGAUAACAAAUGUACCCGAAAGAGGUCAUUAUUCAGAAGAUUAUGCACAAUUUGGUAAAGAUGAAGUUGUGGUUUUCUUUCAGCCUUUAUUAUUUUCUUCUGCAUAAAUGUACACUCAUUUCAUCAUGUGCCUUGCUCCCUGACUGUACAAAGCUGUACACACACACACAUAUAUAUACACACAUAUAUGAGAAAGAGAUAUAUUCAUUCAGUACUACUGAUGAUGAUUUUUGUUCUGCUGGAUUAAGUUUCUGGGUUAUAACUUGCCACUUGUCAUAAACUGUUGUAAUGGCUUAGGACAGUGGUCGGAUAGACAGAGUAAAUUUGUUUUUGUAGUUGCAUAUUUUAUGUCAUCAAGCCCAAUCAUUAAUUUAAAAAAAAUUAAAUAGAUUCCAUUUAAACACAAGGAUUUUGAGUGUUCUGGAUGAAUACCACUAAGAACCUGGUUUUAUAGGGCUGGAGGGAUGACUCAGCUGUUAAGAAUGCUUUCUGCUCUUCCAGAGGACCAGAGUUCAGUUCCCAGCACCCACGUCGGGCAACUCAAAACCACCUAUAACUCCAGCUCCAAAGGAUCCAAUGUCCUCUUCUGGCCUCCAAAGGCACCUGAACACGUGUGGCAUACAUGCAUAAUAAUAAAAAUAAAUUCUUCAAAGAA